AGCACUCGACUGCUCAGUUCAGUUUUCUACGUCGCUGGCAAAGCACGUCUCCGUCGCCGUACAGUUUGUCGUGUUCGUCGCGACCUGAAAGCAUUGCGUUUGUCUCGUACCUUUGGUUUUUUUGUGUCGUGUUCGGUCGAGUUGACAUUAAGAUUUAAAAUUUUUUUUUGUUACAAAAUACCAUCGGUCGAUAUACGGCUUAAUGUCUAGUUUGCAGUUCGAGUUUGAUCGAUAAACUGUUUUUAUAAUUGUGUUUUGUGCGUGUGAUUACACCGUCACUUGGCAACGGACAUUGGCUGCCUUUAUUUUAUCAAAGUAUUGAAAGUCUAAUAAUUAAAAAAUAAUAAUUUAAUGGUCGUGCCUUCUGAACCGGGUCGACGAUGAAGUCAAAUUUUUCUGAAAUACCAGUGUCUCGACAUUAAAUUAGGGAUAUCCACGAACCCGCCACAAGACUCAAGUCUAUACUUUUGAACAUUUAAAAAAAAACUGUUUUUGACAAUUUUAUUAUAAUAUUAAAAAAAUGGCUACCGUUUUACGGUUUUUGGCGGCGCUUUGCUGCUUAGCGACCGCUUCGCCGGCCGUUUACCGGUCGGGCGGCUACGAUAACGUAGUCAUAUCAAUUAAGGAUUCCGUCUCACCAGCCAACUGCAAACACAUCAUAAACAAUAUCGAGGCGGCUUUUACUAGCGGAUCAAAAUCUUUAUACGAGGCACUGAGUGGUAAAGCUUACUUCCGAUCAGUCACUGUAACACUUCCGCAAAACUGGCCAGAUAAUUGUGUUGGACAUACAAGAACUAUUGCGGCCAGUCAAGGAGAAAUCCCAGAUAUCCUUGUCGGUCAACCCCAUCCAGUUUACGGCGAUGCAAUGUGGACACAACAGUCACAAUCCUGUGGGCGAUCUGGCGAUGCAUUAUAUGGAAGUUAUCGUCUAUUUCAAGAACAACGAGAGUUGGGUAAAGACAUAGCAAAACAGUGGGCCAAAUAUCGUUAUGGUGUAUUUGACGAGGUUGGUUAUGCUGGUGAUUCUGUAUAUCCUGCUUGUUAUUUCUCUGAAACAUCUGAAGGAGUUGAAAUAAAUGGAUGUUCCGACAAACCCAUUUCAAAGCCAAGAUCUUGUGAUUUGAUAAACAUUACCAAUUCAGUACAUCCCGAAGCUAAAACUUCCCUGAUGUUCUCAACCACGCAACAGGUUACUAAAUUUUGCGAUGCUUCUAGUCACGAUCGUUACGCACCUACAAAGCAAAAUGCAUUAUGUGGUAGACGUAGUAUUAUGGAAGUUAUAAACACACAUCAAGAUUUUACUAAAGGUGUAAACUUAUCUGACAACCAAAAUUUAACUCCAAUUUUCACUUUCAAACGAGAAAUGUUAACUCGGUAUGUUGUUAUCAUUGAAGAUACUAAAGACAUGAUAGAUAGGGAAUCAUGGAGUUUUUUACGAUUAGCCAUUCGUAAAUGGGCCGUAUACGAUUUACCACCCAAUACUGAAGUUGGAUUAGUUUCAGCUAAUGAUUCCUCUGCAAAUCGUUUACAUGGACUUAGUCAUUUACUGAAUAAUGACGCUAGAGAUCAAGUGGCCUCAAACAUCCCAUAUUCACCUGGUGAUUCUAGAGUACCCGCUUGUUUAUCCUGUGCAAUCAAAGAAGCUAUUCAAAUGUUAGAAACUCGAGCAAGUACCUACGGACAAGCUAGUUCAGUAAUUGUAGUAAUUGCACCUGGCACAUUGGCGCACACACCUGAUUUAAAUAAACAAGUAUCUGACGCUAGUGAUAAGAACAUUCGUAUAGCAACUAUUACGUAUCCGAUGUUGAAAAGGCCCAGAUCUUUAGACUGGAUGGCUGAAAAAACUGGAGGAGUUUAUUUUUCAGUUGAUGAAACUCGAUACAACAUGGCACAGUCUUUUCUAUCAACUUACUUCAAACUUACUAACGUUAUGCGCAAUAUAGUGGAAAUCUACUAUCAAGGCAAUAAAGGUGAUCUUCCAGUAGAAAUACACAGACGAGAAUUGAUCGACGAUGGUCGCACUACAGUCACUGGAAAUUUUGUUUUGGAAGAUUUUAUGGGAGAACCAGCUAAAUUUACUGUAUAUACUCAUAACACUGAAAAUCCUUUGAUCAGAGCAAUUACUUUGACAAGUCCAUCACAGCGAGUGUACUCAACUAGAUCUGAUUCCCUUCUUUCGUUAAAAAUGCUCAGUGUACCCGCUACAAUCAAUGAAACUGGAACCUGGACAUACUCCAUUGAACGGUUUCAAGGUAGCCCACAACCACAUUAUAUACAAGUGAUGGCUAAACCAUUAUCAAAGAAUUCACCAGUGGUCAGAGCUCGAGCUUGGACAAGUGGAACAACAAAUCCAUUAGCUAUUUAUACGGAAGUUAAGAGAGGAGAAUAUCCAGUAUUGGGUGCUAAAGUGGAAGUAUUAGUUAUCAGACCAGGACUUAAUGGUAGUGGAACUCAUAGAGAAAAAUUCGAUCUCUUAGAUACCGGCAGUGGUGAUCCAGAUCUCAUGAAAGGCGAUGGUAUUUAUUCAAGAUUCUUUAAUCCAAUGAUAGGUGGUCCAGGAACUUAUACCUUUGAAAUCACAGUGUCAGAUAAUGGCAACACAGCGUAUACUUGGCAGUCAUCUAUACACAGAAAUGUAGAAAGGCAACCCAUUAAUACUGAAUCAAACUGUUGUGGAUCUUUCAUGGCUAUUUUACCUGCUGAACCACUUAAUCCAUUUCAGCGUAUCAUUGCUCCAAUGUCUGUCACAUAUAACUCAGAUGAUUUGUCAUCUUCCACGAACGUUGGACGAGUUGGUGAUCUUAUUGCUGAAAUAUUUAAAUCUGAACAAAAAGCGAAAUUAACGUGGACAUCGCCCGAUUUGGGAGGUAAUUUUGUGGCUCGAUAUGAAAUACGCUACUCUCAAUCUCUUCGUUCUCUUUUAAACGAUUUUGAUUCGGCUCCUAUAUGGGACCAUGGACGGCCGGAUACUUUUGCUCCAGGUGCUGAGACAAUAUUUUACUUGGAAAUGAAUAAGAACCCUUCACUUUUUGAUCAAACAUUAUACAUUGCUAUUAAGGGUUACAGUCAAGUUGAGUCCGAUGCUGUUCCUAGCCCAGUAUCCAAUUGGGUAAAAAUUUUGGUGCCAUCUCCACCACCUCCUCCGUCACAUAUCACAACUCAUUCUUCAACGGGAUCUGAUCCAUCUUGGAGUAUACCUGAUCAAAACAUGAUACCCAGAAUCACUAGAGAUUUUGAAAUAAACUACGAUGUUGUCGUUCCAGCUGCAGGCGGAAUCUUAUUGCUAGGAGUUUUGUUGCUCAUGUAUUGUAUAUUCUGUGCUGUCAAACGCAACAGAAAACCGGAAAAGCAAUCGCCUAAACAAGAAAAACCACUGAACGUUUCUGUAAUUCCUAAUGGUGGUGGAAACAUGACUAUUUCCUCCCCGAUGAACUCAGUUAAAGCUGAGCUAGAGGCACAUUUUGAACCAUGCCUGAUUGACACAAGUGAGAAAAAACGAUACAGUAUAUCUCAAUAUGGACAAACUGAACUACAUCAAAAUCAACCUUCUCAGCCUUAUCAUCAUCAAAGCAAUGGUCAUUUAAGCAUAAUAAGUAAUGCUGGGGCAACUCUUACACGUACUGUUAAACCUCUUAGUCCAUAUCAAUCAUGGACAGCUUCACAAUUAUUACAUGAGCAUGAACGUCGUAUUAGCCCAUAUGGUCAAAUUGGUGACUUUGAAAACCAAUAUCCUCCACCAGUUCCACCAUUACCAGCUUACCAGCAUCAACCCAAUGGUAAUAUCGGUGAAAAUAUCUAUGGUACAGCCCCUGGUCAUUUAUAUCAACAAAACGGACUUCCUCCUCCUGGGCAACACACCAACAACUACCACAGGAACAAUAUGAUUCUAUUCAACCAAAGUUUACAAGGAUCCUUAAGUUCUGUCAGUAGUGGAGAUAAAAAGAAAAGAAACAUCACAAUGGUAUAGGAGAAGGUAACUUGUAUUUAUGACCUUUAUAUUUUUAAGACUGACUAGAAUGUUAAAAAUAAACAUUGGUCCUCCUAAUUAUAUCAUGUAUUAAUUAAUAAGGUUCAUUGGUAAAUAUGUUAAAGGGUCUCUAGUCAAUUCUCUUUAGAACGUAGUCCAAUGAACACUUAUUACCACCAUGUUAUUAUAAUUAUUAUUAUUAUUAUUAUUAUUAUAAAUGUUUGUUUUUUUUUUUGUUAUGAUCUCAAUUUCUUGUAAAUUACUAUACUUGUACAUCUACUGUGUAUAUAAAAAAAAAUGUAAAUUAUUGUGUAUUGUAUACAUAUGUGAAAUAUUGCCUCGAAUUUUAAGGACUAUAAGAGCAGUACUAUAAUUUAUUAUUAUUAUUAUCUUUAUUAUUGUUUUGUUAUUAUUAUUAUUAUUUGCGCGACAAUAUCUUUGUUCUUUUUUGUUUUGUGUUCUAAACAAUAAUGACUAUCAUCAUAACAAUAUAUCCCAAUACAAUAUUAUGAUAGAAAUACGAUGAAAAUUUGACUAUGAAUUAUUUUUAUCUUAGACAAUUUAAUAAAAACAUAAUACUAUGUCGUACUUAAAAUACAUUUAUACAACAAUUCAU